AUGGUUGGAGAAGAACGUCGUCUUCCAGAUACCGACCAUAGCCAUCAACUCUCAUCUCUGAAAAGAUUUUUGGGAUUUGUUAACAGAGACGACUGGCAAACCCUCGCCCCACAAGCCCUUGAACUGUUGAACCACACCCCUUUACUGAAGACUGAAGACCGUAGUCACAGCUCUGGCGUCUGCUCCCCGGCGUUGCCCGCCGCCGAUCCGUUAAAUUCAGCCUCCUUCUCUAGCGGCUUCCAAAUUUUAAUGGGGAAAAAGGUCAACAAGAAGGCAGCCCGCAGUGCUCAAAAGGACAAACGGAUUCCAUCUUUUUCUCCCAAAACAGUUUCACAAGACAUCAUUCCAUCCAUUGAUACAGUCAUCAAUGGAGCUUCCGUUAUUAAAGAGACUAAAACAUGUCCUCAUCUUGAAAAGGGCAUCAAUUUUGAAAACUUUUCCUUAAAAAUAGCAUCACUUGAGUCUCACAAAUGUGAUGAUUGUAGAGAAAGUGUGAACGAUAGAAGGACAAAAAAGGGAAAAAAGAAUAAAGGAAAUGGUUCAAAAUCCGAUUCCAAUUCCAAUUCCAUAUGGGUAUGCUUGGAAUGUGGUCAUUUUUCAUGUGGUGGUGUUGGGUUCCCAACAACCCCUCAAACCCAUGCAGCACGCCAUUCAAAACAAAAUCACCAUCCAUUAGUUAUAAAAUUUGCAAACCCUAAUUUAAGAUGGUGUUUCAUUUGCAAUACACUUAUUCCAGUUCAAAAUGGAGAACAAAAAGACACAUUAUCCGAAUUUGUUAAAGCAUUAAAGACCCAAUCGUUAGAAACCCGUAAAGAUGUUGAUGAUAGUGAUACAGCCGAGUUAAAUUCCGUAAAUACCCUUGAAAAUGGUGGAUACAUAGUAAGGGGUUUAGUGAAUUUAGGAAACACUUGUUUCUUCAAUUCAGUUUUGCAAAAUCUUUUGGCAAUGGAUAAAUUGCGGGAGUAUCUCUUGAGACUUGAGGGAACUUUAGGGCCUCUUAUGGUGUCUUUAAAGAAACUUUUUAUUGAAACUAGUCAAUCAACAGGGGGCAAGAAUGUCAUUAAUCCACGAGCCUUUUUUGGGUGUGUUUGUGUCAAGGCUCCACAAUUUAGGGUAUUUCAACAACAUGAUAGUCAUGAAUUGCUUCGAUGCUUGCUUGAUGGAAUGUGUAAUGAGGAAUCUGGUAUAAGAAAACGUUCUCAAAAUGGUAAUGCUACUCAAGAAAAUGUUCCUACUUUUGUGGAUACCAUUUUUGGAGGACAAAUUUCUAGCACUGUUAGUUGUUUGGAAUGUGGGCAUAAUUCUGUAGUAUAUGAGCCAUAUUUAGAUCUCUCAUUACCUUUACCUACUAAAAGAUCUCCUCCAUCUAAAAGGGUUCAGUUGGUUUCUAAAUCCAAGAAAACAAAACUUCCUCCAAAAAGAACGGGAAAAUUUCGGUCAAAGAAUAAAAAGGAAAAGGAUUCCAAAGUAGACCAAAGUUUUAUGAAAGUUUCAAUCAUUGAAGAAAACUCGGGACCCAUAAAGUCUAUUGAACCAUGUGUUACUGGGAAAGUUGAAUCUGUUGUUUUAGAGGAAACAACAUCAUGGUUGGAUUACCUUGAACCAACUUCGGAAUCAUGUAUUGAAGACAUGUCAGGAAUUCAUGAUUCCGGGAAUAGCAAUGAAGUUUCUUGGAGAGACGAAUCCCAUGUAAAAGUUCAAGAAUCUGAAGUUACCUCAGCUAUGGAAUCACGUAAUGAAGACCCGUCAGGAAUUCAAGAUUCCGGAAAUAACAAUGGAGUUUCUUGGAAAGAUGAAGGCUACUUAAAAGUUCAAGAAUCUGAAGUCGUCUCAACUACGGAAUCACGUAAUGAAGACCUUUCAGGAAUUCAAGAUUCCGGAGAUAACAAUGGAGUUUCUGGGAAAGAUGAACCCCAGGUAAAAGUUCAAGAAUCUAAAACUACGGAAUCAUAUAUUCCGGACACAUCAGGAAUCCAAGAUUCCAGAAAUAGCAACAAUGCUUCUUGGAAAGAUGAACCCCAGUUAAAAGUUGAAGGAUCUGAAGUUACUUCAACUACGGAAUCACAGAAUCCGGACCCUUCAGGAAUCCAAGAUUCCGGAAACAGCAGCGUAGUUUCUUGGAAAGAUGAAACCCAAAUAAAAAUCCAAGACUCUGAAGUUACCUCAACAACGGAAUCACAUAACAAAGACCCAUCAGUGAUUCAAAAUUCUGGAAAUAACACCGAAGUUUCAACAAGUGGUGGGAAUGAAAUUACAAAAGAACCCUUGGAAGUUGAUGGGUUUGGAAUCGGAGGUUUGUUUGAUGAACCUGAGCUUGAUAUAAAACCCUUGUCAAAUGGAGAUGAAAAAAAAGGUUUAAUGACUACAAGCAACAGUGAAUCUGAUCCUGAUGAUAUUGAUGACAAUAAUUCUCCAGUUUCAGUGGAGAAAUGUUUGGCUUAUUUCACUACCCCUGAGCUUCUAACAAAAACCGAACACGCGUGGCAGUGUGAACAAUGUUCAAAACAACAAAGGACGAGACUAAAGAACAAAAACAAGGGUAAAAAUGGAAUUUCAUGUGAUUCAGGCGUUGACCACUCGCUUCCCAAUGGGUUCGGGAGUCAGGAUACUGAAUCUUGCAGUGUAAACAAAUCCAAUGGUGAAUGUAAGAAACAUGAGUCAGAUAGCAGCGAAGAUGAUGACGUGGAUUCCAAGAGUCCCAAGGUGGCGAGAGAUGCGUCUAAGAGGAUUUUGAUCAGUCGGGCCCCACCGGUUUUGACCGUUCAUCUGAAAAGGUUCUGCCAAGAUGCUCGGGGGCGUUUAAGUAAAUUAAACGGCCAUGUCAGCUUUAGAGAUACAAUCGAUCUUAAACCCGACAUGGACCCUAGUUGUUGUAAAGAAAAGGAGACAUACAAAUACAAAUUAAUGGGAGUGGUGGAGCAUUUAGGGUCAAUGAGGGGAGGCCAUUAUGUGGCAUAUGUGAAAGGAGGUGAUUGCAUAUGGUAUCAUGCCAGUGAUGCGUAUAUCCGUGUGACUUCUUUGGAGGAAGUUCUUCGGUGUGAGGCCUACAUUUUGUUCUACGAAGCAAUAUUUUUGUAAUCAUGUCUUCAGCAGAACUGAAUCAACCCAAUGAUUCAAACACGGUUAAUGAUACUGCCAAUUCUGCAGUUAACUGUAACGAGAAACAAAUUAAAUUCACAUCUCCAAUGUGGCAUCAUUUCACUUAUGAAGAAGUUAAUGGAACCAAAAAGGCUGUUUGUAAGUAUUGUAGAAAGGAAAUUACUUAUACAACCAAAAAUGGAACCAAAGGGAUGCAUUCUCACCAUAAGUCAUGCAAAAUACGAAUUGGGCAAAAGAAAAUUGAUGAUUUUCAGAGUCAGUUAACCGGAAAAAGAUCUAAGACGGAUGAAAGUGGGGGAUCAAUUUUAGCAACACAUCGGUUUAAUUAUGACGAUUCCCGAACCGAUCUUGCUAAAAUGAUCACAAAACAUGAUUACCCACUUAGAAUUGUUGAACACGAAGGCUUUAGAGAUUUUUGUCAGGGACUUCAACCACUUUUUAGGCCUAUUUGUAGAAACACAGCUAGAUCUGAUGUCAUGAAGUUGUACGGGGAGGAAAAGGCAAGGAUGAUGCAUUUUUUGGAGAGUAUUCAAGGUAGGAUUGCAAUAACUACCGACAUGUGGACUGCCAACUACCAAAAAAAAAGGAUACAUGACAGUGACAACCCAUUUCAUUGAUGAUUCUUGGCAAUUACAAAGUCGUCUUUUGAGGUUUAUAUAUGUGCCAUGCCCCCAUACUGCUGAGAAACUAACUAAUGUGUUGAUGAAUAGUUUGUUGGACUGGAACAUAGAUAAAAAAUUAUCAACUUUAACUGUUGAUAAUUGUUCAACAAAUAAUUGCAUGACAGAUUUGAUGGUAGACAAACUACCUUUUGAUAGCUUGAUUUUAGGUAGAAGCUUGUUUCAUAUGCGAUGUGCUGCGCAUAUUUUGAAUUUAAUUGUGAGGAGUGGGUUGGAUGUUUUUGGACAUGGGAUUGAGAAAGUGCGUAACAACUGUAGUUUUUGGACAGCUACACCAAAAAGACAUGAUACAUUUCAAAAAAAUGCAAAGUGCGAGAAUGUUUCUUGUGAAAAAAAACCUAGUUGUUGAUUGUAAAACACGAUGGAAUUCUACGUAUUUAAUGCUUUCCACGGCUUUGAAAUACAAGAAGGUGUUUUAUCGGUUACAACAACGUGAGCCCCAAUAUAAGAAUGCACCUGAUGAGAAAGAGUAGGCUUUGGCAAGUGAGCUUUGUGAUAGACUAAAAAUCUUUUAUAAUGUCACUGAAUUAUUUUCGGGAACAAAAUAUCCAACAACCAACAUUUUUUUCCCCAAAAUAUGUGAAAUAAAGAUUGCUCUAAAGAAAUGGGAUACAUCUAGUUUCAUUGAAAUAAGCGAAAUGUCCGAAAAUAUGAUUACAAAGUUUGACGAGUAUUGGAAAGAAAGUCACGGGGUGUUGGCUAUGGCGAUAAUAUUGGAUCCAAGGUUUAAGAUGAAGCUCCUAGAGUAUUGUUUUCCUAUUAUCUAUGGAGUAGAUAAUGCAAAAGAUGAAAUUCAGAAAGUGCGUCAAAUUUGUGAAGAUAUAUAUUUGCGAUAUGAGUCAUGUGUUAUGAGUCAAGCAAGUAAUGAUGAUAUUACUACUAAGCCCACUUCUAGUCGAGAUGCAGCUCUCGUAAGUGACAUGGACUCAUUAGAUGCUUUCUUUUCAUGGAAUUCUGCUACUAGUGAAGUUUUUGUGAAAAAUGAAUUAGAAAAGUACUUAGAGGAAGACACUUUACCCCGGAUUCAUGAGUUUGAUUUGUUAGGUUGGUGGAAGUUAAAUGGGGUUAAGUAUCCUACAUUGUGUUUGAUUGCAAAAGACAUAUUAGCCAUUCCUAUCUCCACUGUUGCUUCAAAGUCUUCUUUUUCUACAAGUGGUAGAAUCGUUAGUCCACAUAGGAGUAGACUUCUUCCGUCAACAAUUGAAGCUAUCAUAUGCACUCAAAAUUAGCUAUGGGCGGUAAAAAAGGUUGUAUUAUUGAUGGUGAUGAUGUACAUUCCGAUGAAGACGAUGAGGGACUUGAGGGAGUAUAUUCGAAUGUCAGUGAAUGAAGAGUUGAAGGAAAUUAACGGAUACUGAAGAUGUAGUGAAUUGUGUUUUAUAUUUGUAAUUUUGGAUUUGUCGUAUUUUGCAUUUGUAAUGUUAGAUUUGUCUUCGUAAGAUUGUUGGAUUUAUUUUUGUAAGAUUGUAAGAUUGAUGGAAUUGUUGGAU